AUGGCAACGCUCGGAGAUAUAGCAGUUUCGGCAGCUAUAAAUCUGCUGAGUGCAUUCCUUUUCCUAUUGGCAUUUGCAAUUUUGAGGCUACAACCUUUCAAUGAUAGGGUUUACUUUCCAAAAUGGUAUCUUAAGGGCUUAAGAAGCAGUCCCUCGCGCUCAGGGGCGUUUGUUCGGAGGAUUGUGAAUUUAGACUUUAGAUCAUAUAUCCGGUUUUUGAAUUGGAUGCCGGAAGCACUUAAAAUGCCAGAGCGUGAGCUUGUUGAUCAUGCAGGAUUGGAUUCUGCGGUUUACUUGCGCAUUUACUUGAUGGGGGUAUGUUUGUACCGUGUCAUACCUCUAUUGCUAGAUGGAUAUAUGCAUAUUUGCUUUAAUGUGUCUAGUCAAGCUUCUGUUUCAGAAUGGUGGCUUAAAAUUUUUGUGCCUAUAGCAUUCCUUGCGUGGGCUAUCCUGGUACCAGUCAAUUACACCAAUGAUACUCUAAAGGUAGCCCAGCUGGUGUCUAAUGUGACUGCUAGUGACAUCGACAAGCUUUCAAUUUCCAAUAUACCACUUAAAUCACAAAGAUUUUGGACGCAUUUAGUGAUGGCUUAUGCCUUCACUUUCUGGACAUGCUACGUGUUACUAAGGGAGUAUGAGAAAGUUGCUUCAAUGAGGUUGCAAUUUCUUUCCUCAGAAAGUCGUCGUCCAGAUCAAUUCACAGUGCUUGUUAGGAACGUACCUCCAGAUCCAGAUGAAACUGUCAGUGAGCUUGUGGAGCACUUUUUUCUAGUGAAUCAUCCAGAUCAUUAUCUCACUCAUCAGGUGGUGCGCAAUGCAAACAAACUAGCCAGCUUGGUCAAGAAGAAGAAAACAAAGCAGAACUGGCUUGACUACUACCAACUCAAGUACUCCAGGAAUCAAUUGCAGAGGCCUCAGAAGAAGACUGGUUUCCUUGGGCUUUGUGGGGAAAAAGUGGAUGCAAUUGAUCAUCAAACAUCAGAGAUUUGGAAACUGACAAAAGAAAUAGAAGAAGAGAGGGAAAAGGUUUUAAAUGAUCCAAAGUCUAUCAUGCCAGCAGCAUUUGUUUCAUUCAAGACUCGAUGGGGUGCAGCUGUUUGUGCACAAACUCAACAAUCAAGAAAUCCGACUUUGUGGUUAACAGAGUGGGCUCCGGAGCCACGGGAUGUAUAUUGGCAAAACUUAUCCAUUCCAUACGUGUCACUCUCAGUUAGGAGGCUAAUAAUUGCAGUUGCAUUCUUUUUCCUUACGUUCUUUUUCAUGAUACCCAUUGCAUCUGUACAAGCUCUAGCAAGUAUUGAGGGAAUUGAGAAAAGAGCCCCUUUUCUGAAGCCUGUUAUUGAAAUAAAAUUUAUCAAAUCUGUUAUCCAAGGUUUUCUUCCUGGAAUUGCGUUGAAGCUCUUCCUUAUGUUCCUGCCAACAAUAUUGAUGUUCAUGUCUAAAUUUGAAGGCUUCGUGUCUCUAUCAUCUUUGGAAAGGAGAUCAGCAACGAGAUACUAUAUUUUCCUCAUUAUCAAUGUAUUCCUUGGGAGCAUACUCACUGGGGCUGCAUUUGAACAGCUAAAUUCUUUUAUUAAGCAGUCUGCUAACGAAAUUCCUAAAACAAUUGGUGUAGCUGUUCCAAUGAAAGCAACUUUCUUCAUAACCUAUAUAAUGGUUGACGGAUGGGCUGGUAUAGCUGGGGAAGUUUUAAUGUUGAAACCACUUAUAAUCUACCACUUGAAGAAUUUCUUUUUGGUGAAGACCGAAAAAGACAGGGAAGAGGCGAUGGAUCCUGGCAGUCUUGGCUUUGACACUGGCGAACCCCGUAUACAGUUAUAUUUUCUGCUAGGUCUUGUGUAUGCAACCGUGACACCUGCUCUCCUUCCAUUCAUAAUUAUUUUCUUCGCCUUUGCCUUUGUGGUGUUCCGUCAUCAGAUCAUAAAUGUUUACAACCAAGAGUAUGAAAGUGGUGCAGCAUUCUGGCCUGAUGUCCAUGGGCGUGUUAUUGCUGCAUUAGUAAUUUCACAGCUGGCUCUGAUGGGACUGAUGAGUACAAAACGAGCUUCGCAGUCAACUCCAUUUCUCAUUGCUCUUCCUGUACUCACUAUAUGGUUCCAUAUGUUCUGCGAAGGACGCUACAAAUCAGCAUUUGUCAAAUAUCCAUUAGAGGAAGCAAUGAUGAAAGAUACCCUGGAACGAUCAAGGGAACCAAACUUCAAUGUGAAAGCCUACCUUCAGAGUGCAUAUAUUCAUCCAGUUUUCAAAGGUGACGAUGACGAUGAAGACGACUAUAUGAGAGGAAAAGAGGAAACUGAGAGUGUCUUAGUGCCUACAAAACGCCUAUCGCGAAAAAAUACACCAGUACCAAGCAAAAUUAGCGGGGGAUCCUCACCAGAGGCAGUUAAAAAAGGAGAGCCAUGA